AUGGUGGUGCCCAGCGCGGCCCACCCGCCUUUCUGUGGCAGACUAAGGAAGCCCCAGAUCAGGCUAGGUGGGCAAGGACACAAACCCACCCACCAGGAGGCUGGCUACUGUAGGAAGUCCUGGAACCCCAGCCACCUGAGAUCACUCUCACCCACCAGGGAGUGGGCAACAGACCCAGGAUUCCUUUGCUCCCAACCAUACAUAUAUUCAGUCCAACUCCAGAUUCAGGACCCAGGCCCUGCCCCAGCGACUCCAAGAACCCAGCUCCACCCACCCGUGGGCUGGCACCAGCCCCAGGCCCUGAACACAACUGGUCAGCGCCAGCCACAGGAUCACCAGUGCCCUUCACUCAGCCGUGUCAGGACUCCGCCCAUUCACCAGCCGAAGCUACCAGCCCCAGGAAACCAGGAGCCCCAGCCCUGCCCACCAGGAGCCCAGCACGCGCUCUGGCACCCCGAGACGCCACCCUCGGAGACACAGCCACUGUGGCCAGCGGACAGGCACCGGCCCCAGCACCCAGCCUCUCCCAUUCCUGGGAAGCUACCAGCCCGGAUACGGGAGAGGCCUGCGCCCCACCCCCCCGUCGUCCACACGACCCCAGGACCCCCGGGGCCCUGCAGCCAGCUGUGCCAAAGCACGGACCAUCGACCCGCAUGUCGGGCGCACCCCGGGUCCCCCGGGCCCCGCUCCACCCACCCUCAGAACGACCCCAGCUCUGCAACACACGGGGGCCCCCAGCUAGCCAGCCAGGGCUGGACGCCGCCCACCCGCGGGCCAGCACCAGGCCUGGGACCCCACCGUGCUCCUUAG